GAUUGCAUGUGCUUUUGUUCUCCCUCCUCUUAAAUGGUAGCCUUCAAUGGUACCAAAACCAACAGGAGACAUUCUCCCCUUCUCUCCUCCCCCCUUCCUUCCUCUUGCCAGCUGCUACUUUAAAGCCCACCAUCACCGACUCCAUGACUUGUGCUCUCUCCUCCUCCCCCCGUACUUCACCGCUGAGAUCCCCUCUCCCGAUUCCCUGCGCUUCCUGACACGCACAGUCUUGGCUUCUCGCUUCUUCAUGGGAGGUUCUAGAGGCAGUGUGUGGUGAAACAUGAAGAGACCGAUUGCUGGGUUCCAGUUGCUGCGUCUUCUCCUCCUUCUUCUUCUUGCUGUCAAAUGGGGAGUUCUUCUCUCUCCUGCGUACUCCUUCCCUCACUAUGAAGUUUCUGCACUGGCCGCCUUCAAACGGGCUACAUUUGAAGACCCUUUCUCAGUUUUGUCCGACUGGAAUUCCAUUGAUGCAAGUCCUUGCAACUGGACUGGUGUGAUCUGCUCCCGGAACCAGGAUUGUGUGGUUUCGCUAAACCUUUCCGGCCGAUCGUUAAAAGGAUUUCUUGCUCCAGAACUAAGAUUUCUUGGUUGCCUGCAAGAACUGUAUUUGAACAAUAACUUGCUUUUAGGCACAAUACCAACAGUAAUUGGAAUGUUGAAGAACCUUACUGUGUUGGAUUUGAGUGUGAAUCGACUCACUGGUCCUAUUCCCCCUAAAUUUGGAGAAUUGACAAGCAUCAUAAAAUUAGAUCUCCGUUCCAAUGGGUUGACCGGCAAUAUACCACCAGAACUUGGUAAUCUGGGGAAUCUUGUGGAGUUGCGAUUGGAUAGAAACAGACUUGAGGGACAAAUUCCAGGAACCACCAAUUCAACUUCCUCUGCUUCUUUGCAUGGCAUGUACACAUCUAACGACAGCGACACUGACCUUUGCCAGUUAACUAAACUAAGAACUGGAGAUUUCUCCUACAAUUUUUUAGUUGGACAAAUACCAUCAUGCUUGAAGUAUCUUCCAAGGUCAAGCUUCCAAGGAAACUGUUUUGGUGAUAAAUACUCAGUUUUGCAGCGUACUCCUCAAUCAUGUAGUGGCUCAAACAAAAGCCAGGGGAUGACCAAGGAGACAGAUAAACAAUCUACUGAGGGGCACAAGCACAAGAGUCCACGGCAACCAGAAUGGCUUCUGAUUCUAGAGGUCACUACAGGAGUUCUUGUAGUUGUAUGCAUUAUUACAGGAAUAUCUACUGCUGUUAAAAGCUGUAAGCUAAAAUCCUCUGUAAAAGUUCCCUGGAAGAAAACUAGGCAUUGGAAGGAUGUCAUACCAAUAUCAAUAGAUGGUGAAUUGUUGAAAAACAUCCCAAGAUUUAGUCGAGAAGACCUUGAAACAGCUUGUGAGGAUUUCAGCAAUAUAAUCCGAUCUUCUCCAGACAGUGUAGUCUACAAAGGAACAAUGAAGAAUGGGACUGAAAUUGCUGUCACCUCACUAUGCAUCUUGGAGGACCAGUGGACAAACUAUCUCGAGUUCUCCUUUCACAACAAGGUGGCAGAUCUGGCAAGGUUAAAUCAUGAGAAUAUAGCAAAAGUGCUGGGUUACUGCAAAGAAAAUGAACCCUUUUCAAGAAUGCUGGUACUUGAUUAUGCGUCUAAUGGGACAUUAUAUGAGCAUCUACAUUAUGGUGAAAGAUCCCAGUUAUCUUGGAUUAGAUGCAUGAAGGUAAUACUAGGUGUUGCUCGUGGGUUGCGGUACUUGCACACGGAACUGCAACCACCAUUUAUAAUGUCUGAACUGAGCUCUAAUGCAGUAUAUCUUACUGAAGAUUAUUCGCCAAAGUUGGUCGAUUUUGAGAGUUGGAAUAUGAUAUUCUCAAGAUCCAAGAAUAGAGAGAGUUACAUCCCAGAUGAAGACCCUCUUUCUGGAUACAUGGACUCUCAAGAGCAACAAGACAUGGAAAUUCGCCAAAAUGUAUUUGGCUUUGGAGUGCUUUUACUGGAAAUAAUUAGUGGAAGGCCUCCAUAUUGCAAAGAAAGAGGGUGUUUGGUAAAUUGGGCAACACAGUAUCUUCAACACCCAGAAGAGAUAGGAAAGCUAGUAGACCCUGAACUGGAAAAUGUGAAGUCAGAAGACCUUGCAGUAAUCUGCAGUGUGGUGAGCCUCUGCUUCGAAUCUGAUCCCGUGAAGAGACCGUCGAUGCAAACAGUAAGUGCCAUGUUGGAGAAUGGAAUUGACUUGUCAGCAGCUGCCAUUCUCAAGGAGUCUUCUUUGGCAUGGGCCGAGCUAGCUUUGUCUUCAUAGCUGCAACCCUUCCCCAUCAUGUAAAUCCACACAGCACACACAGGAAAUACCUUAUUCCAGCUUCACUUGGUCAUCUGUUUCUUCCUUCGAUGUACAAUCCGUUGCUUGCCUGCUGAAGCUGUAGAAGUGAAUGCAAAGGGUACAGAAAGAUUUUAUUGUGUACACUUCAUUGUUUGGCAAACCAUUGAGAUGAUAGGUCUAUAAAGGUUUGCUGUGAUUUGGCAUCA